AAUGGCCUAGAUACACGGCUAGGUGAAUGCGGGGGAGCUUUAGGUGUCUUCUUGGCGCCUGACCAGAGUCUUAGGGAACUCAAUUGAUCUUGAGUAGUCACUUCUCCGAGCUGCCCGUAGGAUAUGCAGGAUCACCCGCUUUCCCAAGUUCCCUCGCAAUGGUCGGACAAGGCUCCGGAGCCGGGUCGUUUCCCUCCCUGGGAGCCCUGGGUCUUCACUGGACGAGGCUCUUGUCCCGUGGCAUUCUGGGAGUGGUAGUUUCUUCUUACCAGUUCUUUGCAGGUACUCAAGUGGCUCAGACUCACAGGACUACGAUUUCCCAGACGCCCAAGCGAGCCUCUGGUCACGUGGCCAACAAGGCCGGUGGGCGGGGGCCCGGCCGGUGCUCCGCAGCUGUCUGUGACACCCGGAGCCCGCGGGUCGCCUCGGCCCCCAGAGACCCCGGCAUGGUGCGCGCGGGCGCUGUGGGGUCGCAUCUCCCCACGUCCGGUUUGGACAUCUUUGGGGACCUGAGGAAGAUGAACAAGCGCCAGCUCUAUUACCAGGUCUUAAACUUCGCCAUGAUCGUGUCUUCUGCGCUCAUGAUCUGGAAAGGCUUGAUUGUCCUCACUGGCAGCGAGAGCCCCAUCGUCGUGGUGCUAAGUGGCAGCAUGGAGCCAGCCUUUCACAGGGGCGACCUUCUGUUCCUAACAAAUUUCCGGGAAGACCCGAUUAGAGCUGGUGAAAUUGUUGUUUUUAAAGUUGAAGGACGAGACAUUCCAAUAGUUCACAGAGUAAUCAAAGUUCAUGAAAAAGAUAAUGGAGACAUCAAAUUUCUGACUAAAGGAGAUAAUAACGAAGUUGACGAUAGAGUGUACAAAGAAGGGCAAAACUGGCUCGAAAAGAAGGACGUGGUGGGAAGAGCCAGAGGGUUUUUACCGUAUGUUGGCAUGGUCACCAUAAUAAUGAAUGAUUACCCAAAAUUCAAGUAUGCUCUUCUGGCUGUAAUGGGUGCCUAUGUGUUACUAAAACGUGAAUCCUAAGAUGAAAAGCAGUUCCUGGGACCAGACCGAACUGCUAAAAAAGAGAAAAACUAAUAUAUUUGAAAUGUUCCACUUUCUGUAUAAAAGGGAACAAUGUGGAGACAUUUUUGUCUUGUUCAAAUAAAUGAUUCAUCAGGAAAGAU